AUGCAGACCUUUUGUUGUUGCUUCUCCAUCUUCUUCCUGCUAUCAUGCGCACCCUCCCCUCUAUCCUGCGCCUCCGCCCUCAAUCUCGGCCGUCGUCACCUCUUCGACGACGACGACGCAGCAGCUCUACCUACUCCUCUUUCCCCUAUAAGUCCCCCUUUCUUCCCUCUCGAAUCCUCCGCUCCACCUCCUCCGCCGCCUCCGACAACUUUCGCCGGCUUCCCCACUUUUCCCGCCAAUAUCUCCGCCCUCGUCCUCCCCCGUUCUCCUAAACCACACUCCACCUCCCCUACACUUCUUGUCCCGGCUAUCUCCGCCGUGCUCGUCGUCGCCACAGUCCUCGGCGUCGCCUUGUUUCUCUACGGCCGCUGGCGAGGGCAAAACCGUCAUUUCAAGGACACUAACAGCAGUAGUCCUACUAGUAGCCAUGGAUAUGAUGAUGAACCGAGACACAUUACCACCACCAACAACUUCUCUGUGGCUGCUUCUACCCCUACCUCGGAGGUUCUAUACCUCGGCGCCGAGGAACCUGACCGUGUUAUCACGAGUUUCGUGAAGCCUGAGUCGCCGGAGAUACGGCCGCUCCCACCGUUGCCUCCUCGUAGUUUCCAGCCGAGCUAUGAAGCUGAUUUUCACUCUGAGGAAAACGACGACGAAGAAGAUGACGAGUUCUUCUCACCUCUGGCUUCCUUGGCUGGUUCCGGGAACUCAAGUCCCGCCCGUUCUGGGUUCGAGCCGGAGGGUUCGUACAGCACUAGCUCCUGCUCCUCCUCCUCCGGUUGGGUUUCUCCGGCAAGGUCAUUCUCCAUGACAAGGUCUCCGGUUCAACAGCGCUCAAACCCUAGAUUCUCGGAUGUCUCUUCUGAUCAAAACCUUCAGUCUCCGUCGCCGGAGAGACUACGAGUAAGGAAGAAUAACGGAAAUGGGUCGUCGUCUCUAAGAAUGUUUAGCUUCUGGAAUCAAAAUCUGGGGUUUCCUCGUAUUUCCUCUGCUUCUACCUCACCGGACAGAGGAGGUAUCUCAAGAACGCCGCUUUCGUCUCUCUACUCUUCAGUUUCUAAUUCGCCCGACGGAUUAUUCCGGAAGUUUUGGGAUAGUUCGCCGCCGAUUUGGAACGACUUUAGUCGGAAUGUGAAGUCGGUAUUGCUCUCCUCUGAUUCCGUUUCAGCAAGAAGAGAUUUUGUUAUCAACAUUGGUGAAUCUUCUUCUCGAAUUCUGAAUCAACAGAGCCAAGUAGCCGCAGCAGCAGCUCCUCUUCCUCCUCCGACGAGACCACCUCCUAUUGUCCCACCAUCACAGUCUUUUGUGGUUCAAAAUGAUGGGAAAAAACCAUCUUCUUCGGAGCUACCUCCGGAACAGCUGCAAUGGGGUAAACUCCGACAAGGUUCUUGUCAGACAACUGCCUGGGAUUGUCUUAGAUCGAGCUCUAUCAAAUUGAACAAAGAGAUGGUAGAGACUUUGUUCAUUGCAAACUCGUCAAAUCCCAACAUUAAACAGAGAGGUCUAAGCUAUGAUCUUCCGAUCCAAAAUCAAGAAAGCAAAGUUUUAGAUCCGAGAAAGGCUCACAACAUUGCUACUCUGCUUCAGCUGCUUAACUUAACUACAAAAGAUGUUUGUAAAGCUCUUCUUGAAGGUGACUGUGAUGCACUUGGAGCCGAACUUCUUGAGUGUUUAUCUAGAUUGGCACCUAGUAUAGAAGAACAGCGGAAGUUGAAGAACUAUGGUGAUGGUUCAGUGAUCGUCAAGCUUGGUCCAGCUGAGAGAUUUCUUAAGGAGUUGCUUCAUGUGCCUUUCGUGUAUAAACGAGUUGAUGCAUUGCUCUCUGUGACUAAUUUCCACUCCGAGAUCGAACACCUCAGAAGAUCAUUCGGUGUUGUUCAGGCUGCUUGUGAAGAACUAAGGAAUAACAGAAUGUUCUCAAGACUUGUAGAAGCUAUAUUGAAGACAGGAAACAAGAUGAUUGUCAGAACAAACAGCCGCGGUGAUGAUCACGCUUCCAAACUUGACACGCUCCUCAAGCUCGUUGAGGUCAAAGGAUUAGAUGGAAGAAGCAGUCUCUUGCAUUUCGUUGUCCAGGAGAUGAUAAAAUCAGAAGGCGCUGCGAAAGCUUUGGACCGCAUCAGAAAUCUUAGUUCAGAGCUGGCCAAUGUCAAGAAAUCGGCAGACAUUGAGUAUGGUGUUCUAAGCAGGAAUGUGUCGAAGCUUUGUCAAGGAAUCAAGAACAUCGGGGAGCUUCUGCUACUGAGCGAGGAGAGUGGAUCUAGCGGAGAUCAAUGGCUCAAGUUCGAGGAGAAGAUGGCCAGAUUCUUGGAAACUGCUGCAGAGGAGAUUCAGAUGAUCAAAACACAAGAAAGUUUGACGGUCUGUGCUGUGGAAGAGGUCACAGAGCAAUUCCAUGGAGAUUCUUCCAAGGAAGGUCACAACACAUUGAGAAUUUUCGUGAUUGUGAGAGACUUCCUCUCCAUUCUAGACGAAGUAUGUAACGAAAUGGGAGACCGAUUCCCAUCGUAA